AUGUAUAUAACCUCCAAAACAAAAAACCCUUUUCGUUUUUUUAAAAAACAAUUUCCUUCUAAAAAUAAACUUGAAAAAACUUAUAACUUUCAAACAAGUAUGUCCUCUAUUAUUACAUCACUAAAGAUCAAUAAAAAUGAAGUUGUGAUAAAUAAAAAGAUAUAUGAUGGACCUUAUUCUUCAAUUUUUAAAGGGCAGAUGUUAGGGUUGAAUGUUGCUGUAAAAACAAUCAACAUCAUAUUAUCGACAUCAGAGACUGAAAUAUUUUUCCGUGAGGUUUCCCUCCUUCAAACUUUACAACACAAAAACAUAAUAAAACCAAUUGGGAUAUUUACUGACAACGAACAUUUGUCUUUAGUCACUGAGUACUUUCCAGGUGAUUUGGAUCGACUCAUCCACUCGCCUAAGACACUCGACUUUUCGUUCACCACCACUUUAAAUUACAUGCAAAGGCUUCAGAUAACCAACCAAUGUUGCCAGAGCGUCAUUUGGCUGCACACCCGUUGUGACAUAGUGCAUCGAAACCUGCAGCCGAAAACUUUUCUCAUUGACCAAAAUUUGAAUGUCAAACUUGGCGAUUUGGGGUUUGCAGAGGUCUCCAAAGGCGAACAGAACACCAUAGAAGGGGCACCACUGUAUUGUGCACCAGAGGUGUUAAAGAGGAAAGGCAAGACGGGGAAGGAGAGUGAUAUUUAUUCGUUAGGAAUAACAAUAUGGGAAAUUUUCUAUAUGAGGAGACCCUUUGAAGAGUACUUCCAUCUGUUUAGUGACGACUUGAACACUUUUACAAAGUUUGUGGAUGAUGGGUUAAGGCCUGUAUUACCUCGAAAGUUCUUGACGGACGACGUGGACCAGAUUAUGCACGACCAAGUACUCACUAUAUAUAAGAAGCAAAUUGAGGAAACGCCUAUUGAAAUUGAUACUUUAAUUGAAAAGUGUUGGAGUGGAAAUGCAAGUAAACGGCCGACUAUCGAAGACCUUUUGAAGAACAUUUUUGAGUUAUUAAGUCGAGUGUGUAUGAACGAAGAUGAGUGUGUGUGGUGGGAGAAAAAUCUGUGUAAAAAGUCUCAAAUUUAUGAAGGGGUGUAUGACGCAGAAAAUUUCCUUUCGAUACUUGAAAACAACUUUAAGACGAGUUUUAGUAAAGAGAAGAAGUAUAAGGAAAUAAUAAAUAAAAUUGGGGAACAGGGAGAAAUAUCACAAAAAAGAUUUUCAUUCUUGUGUAGUAUCUUUGGGAAGUAUUAUAAGAAGAAAGAGAAUUAUAAAGAUAUGAUGAGAGUGUUGGGAGAGGAGUGGUACUAUGGAAACAUUUCAAAAGAAGAAGCAAAUGUUUUGUUAGAAGGGAAGGAAGAAGGCACGUUUUUAAUUAGAGAGUCAAGUACUAUACUACAUAAACCUUUGACGUUGUCUAAAGUCGAAAAUAGAAGUGUGAUGAACACAAGAAUUGCGGUGUAUGAAACAGAAAACAAAAACAAGGAAUAUUCAAUUGAAACUAAAUUGGCUAAGAAAAAGAAAAACAAUAUUGUGGAUUUGAUCGAUGAACUUGUAGAAUUAAAUAUUGUAAAAACACCUUGUGGUCAUCAGGAAUGCUAA